AUGAUGAGCGGGCAGCCGGACGCGCUUGCCGUGGUGAACCAGCUGCGGGACCUAGCCGCUGAUCCCCUCAACAGGCGACCGAUUGUCCAGGAUCAAGGCUGCCUGCCAGGCCUCAUCCUGUUCUUGGACCACCCCAACCCACAGGUGGUCUACUCUGCACUUUUGGCCCUGCGCUACCUGGCAGAAUGCCGUGCCAACAGGGAGAAGAUGAAGGGCGAGCUGGGGAUGAUGCUGAGUCUGCAGAAUGUCAUGCAGAAGCCCACCACUCCUGGUGAGACGAAGCUGCUGGCCUCGGAGAUCUACGAGAUCCUUCAGGCGUCAGGCAAGGCGGAGGCCGAGCAGGUGGACGGCGCCGCCUCCUACCGGCGCAAGGCCCAGUUCUUCCUGGGGGCCACCAACAAGCGUGCCAAAACGGUGGUCCUGCACAUCGACGGCCUGGACGACCCCAGUCGGAGGGGCCUCUGUGAAGAAGCGCUCCUGAGGAUCAGGGGCGUCAUCAGCUUCACCUUCCAGAUGGCGGUCAAGAGGUGCGUCGUCAGGAUCAGGUCGGACCUGAAGGCAGAGGCCCUGGGCACUGCCAUCGCCUCCACCAAAGUCAUGAAGGCUCAGCAAGUGGUAAAGAGUGAGGAAGGUGAUGAGGUGAUAGUCCCGUUCCAGGAGGAUGUCCUGGUGGUGGUGGAGGAGAACACUGACCUCCCCGACUACCUGCCGGAGGAGGAGAGCCCCUCCCGGGGGCUGGACAAGGCGGUGUCGCGCGUGGGCUCCAUGCAGGAUGGCGUGGGCUGGCUGAGCGCCGCCGCUAACUUUCUGUCCCGCUCCUUCUACUGGUGACAGUGCGGCCGCCGGGGGCCUCUGGGUAACUGUCCGCUCCGGGGGCCGCGAGUCGCCGCGGCGCCGGACCGCCGGGCGCGGCUCGCAGUGAUCUCGAACGGGCACACACCCGCAACAUCCGCAUGCCGUGCUGCCCGCGUCCAUUCUGCACAGAGCCACUGGAGGGGGAGAGCGCCACCACCAGGCUCAGAGCAGGGUCCUGAUCUAGAGCAGGGUCCGCGCUGGAACAGGAUCCUCAUCCACUUUAUUUACGUGGGCUGUAAAUCAAAAAAUAUGUCUCCGGUUCUUUUAUUGGUCUAUUUCUCUAAAGUCCGAAACGUGUUGUGAUAGAAGCUUUAGCGUGGGCUUGCAGUGGAGCCUUGAGCAAUGUGGCAGAGCACACUGAUGAAACGGGUCGAGCAAGGAAUGUUUUGAAUGUUUUUUUUUUUUAAUUAAUUUUUUUUUUUUUGCAUGAGUUUUGUUGCUCUUAUGUUGUGGAAUUUUGAAUUUAACUUUCACUUAGUUCAUUUGUUAUUUUCUAAUCCGCAGAUUUUUAAUUUUAGAUUUUUAAAUAAUUUUUUCCUCUGUCCAAUGCAUGUUUUACUUGCAUGUUUUUUAUUUUAUUUUAUUUUUUUAACUUUUCAGCAUGUGCCCCUAAUGUCUUUGUAUUCCCUAGCUCCUUGAGCUUUCCCCUCCGUUCAGACCUUCAGUUCUCCAAGGACACCCGCUGUAUUAUCGGUGGUGCAGAUUGUAAUCGCUGCAGCGGCUCUGUGCUUUUUAAUGCGUAACCCCUGUAUUUGUAGAAAUUAAAUAAAAAAAACAAUUGCUGCUAUCUAGCUGAAAGAACAAGAUAAUUGCUGCUGAUGUGUAUUAGACGAGGAGCUGUGGCAAUAGGUACCUUUAUUCUCACUGCAUUACCUCUCUCUCUUCCUCUAAUAUAAGUGAUGUGGAAAUGAAAUGUGCCCCACAGUAUUCUAUUCAUACUAGCAGUGUGAGUAGGCUUGCCAGGAUUGGAUGUGUUUGUGAAGUGAGUGCUUAUCAAGGAUUUCUAAUGAACUUCAAUUUACCAGCAUAUGAAAAAAAAUUGAUAUAACUAGAACAAUGAAUGAAAUCACUUUUGAAUGUAAUCGACCUGUUGUAUGUUUAUACAACAGGUUGAAUUUUCCAAGCAACUACAUAGUCUGGAUAAUAUGGGGGUUAUUUGUUUUAGCGUGUUAUGUAGACUUGUACUUGUUUGGAUAAAAUGAGUGUAUGUUACAUUACAUUACAUGUAAUGUAAUGUUCCUAAAAUAUAACCAGCUAAAGGGCGCUAUAUAGUUUUGUUGUUCUGACAUGAAAUGAGGGUACAUUCUGCUAUUCUUUAUUGGUUUCCUUUAAAACAAUUUGCUGAUUCACUUGUUUCCAUUUUUAAAUUGGUAUAUUUGAGAGCUGUGUGCGAGAGACAUUGUGAAAAUAAACCGCAAUAAACCUGUAAAUAUAUGCUGAAAACAAAGAUUGAUUAUAUCUGUAAAACUUGGGGAAUUGACAGGCUUAGGUAUGAAUUUAUGAACUGUGGUUGCUGCCAUGUGUAGCACUUAGCUUUUAGCUCGAGCAGCAACGCUGUUCAUGUAGCCUCCAUAGCGCUUUUCAUUUCGUGUCGUUUUCAGCCACUUGCAUAAUACUCUUCCCCUGAGUCCCCUACUCUCAUCGCGAGCCUGCCUAAAAAAAAAGAUCAGAUCAGAAAUUCCCCGUGUAAUUGUGCUCACCGUGUGCUGCCCUUUUAUCUGUACCCUCAGCGAGACUCUGUGCUUGAUUGAUGGACAGGAGCCGCUCGCUUGCCAAAUGUGCUUUUCGUGCAUGCCACCUCCUCAGUGUUAUCUCCUGUGCAAACUGAAAGCCUUUCUUCUGAAUUAAAAUAGUUUGAUUUUUUUUUUGUGUGUGCAGCCAACGGUGUCCUUAAAGCUUAAGCAGUCACAAACACGUCCGUGCCACUUUCAUAAAUGCUGUAGAAGCUUUUUCAGAUCAGGGCAGUUGAUAUGUAACCGGUGCCUGGUGUUCUUGGUUGCCUUGAAUGGUUUUUUUUUUGUACGGUAUUGCACAAAGCCAGUGGACACAGUGCUAUCCUGGGGCACCAGCCAUUGCACAGAGAACCUCUGUAUUAGUGCACCGUUCAGUCAGAUAAGUCUGUACAGUCACAGACCCUGUCUGUGUGAAGGUCUGUGUGUGAUUCUUGCCAUGGUUAAUGUGUGGGAAUGUACUCUAUUUUAAAAAAAAGUAGUUGAUUGCAUGUUAACAGGUGCUUAUAUAGACUUUUCUUUUAACUUUAAUUAUAUUGGCAUUUUUACUUUUAGUGCCAUUGAUUCAUUUUAAAAGCGACAACGCUUGGUCAUAACUCAUUGUGAGUGUUUUCCAUGCCUGUUUUUUUUUUCUUUUUUUUUGAAGCAUGAAAGUAUUUCAUAAAAUAUAUAAAGGGAAAGUAUUAUCUACUGAAGUAGACAUACAUUACUAGCAGCAGAAAAGCCAGCAAAUAUUUAUACUGUCAAAUACCAAUGUAAUGCCUGUUUAAAUAAUUCAAUUUGGUACAGAGUGUGUUGUGUAAUACACAAUGGUACAGUAUUGUAUGUUAUUUUUUUCACCGUCUGCCAUGCACAAAUCUUUCAGUUUUAAAACAGUCUGAAAAUAAUAAUGAAUGUAAUAUCAUUUAAAAUGUGUCUGAUAUCAGUAUCAUUUUAAAUGACCAGAUGGUGUUAUCAAGGUAUUCAUACUUUGAACUGCCAAAACUGUAUCUCCCUGUGUAACAUGUUUGUGCUUCAGCUUCUCCUAGGUUAUCAGUGUUCACCUAUUGGAAACCAUAACUUGAAUGUUCACUACAUUAAAAAGAUUAAGCAGAUCUAUUGUAAAUCCUCAACAUUAUAUGUAACACAUUCACUGUGUGUAUGUGCUGCCUUGGGUACUGUUAUAAGUCUCAAACAAUUAUGCCUCCCAGUUAGCAAUAAUGGCAAAGCGUAUCAAAUAAAAUCUCAAUGAUUUAAAACCAAA